CUCGGCGCUGCGGCCCUGUGCUCAUGGCGCUGUACCAGCUCUUCUCCCAUCCGGCCGAGCGCGGCUACCGUGCGGGGCUCUGCUCCAAGGCCGCUCUCUUCCUGCUGCUGGCCACCGCGCUCACCUACAUCCCCCCUCUGCUGGUGGCCUUCCGGACCCACGGGUUUUGGCUGAAGCGGAGCAGCUACGAGGAGCAGCCGAGCGUGCGCUUCCAGCACCAAGUGCUGCUCGUAGCCCUGCUGGGACCCGAACCCGGAGCCUUCCUCGCCUGGAGCACGUUCCCCACCUUCAACCGGCUGCAGGGAGUUCACUUGCGCAUCCCGCUCGUGUCGACCAGAGAAGAAGACAGGAACCGGGACGGGAAAAUGGACGUGCUACACUUUAAACUGGAACUUCCCCUGCGAGCCACGGAGCAUGUUUUCGGGGUGCAGCUUAUGCUGACCUUCUCUUACCAACUGCAUAGGAUGUCAACCUUCGUGAUGCAGAGCAUGGCGUUUCUUCAGUCCUCCUUUGCUGUUCCCGGGUCACAGUUGUAUGUCAAUGGUGACCUGAGGCUGCAGCAGAAGCAGCCACUGAACUACCGAGGCCUGGAUAUCAGAUACAAUGUGUCUGUGAUCAAUGGCACUAGUCCUUUUGCCCAUGACUACGACCUCACCCGCAUUGUUGCCGCCUAUCAGGAGAGGAACGUUACCACUGUCCUGAGUGACCCCAGCCCCAUCUGGCUGGUGGGCAGGGCUGCCGAAGCACCUUUUAUAAUUGACGCUGUCGUCCGGUAUCCUGUGGAAGUCAUUUCUUACCAGCCAGGCUUCUGGGAAAUGAUUAAGUUUGCCUGGGUUCAGUAUGUCAGCAUCCUGCUCAUCUUCAUCUGGGUAUUUGAAAAAAUCAAAAUCUUCGUGUUUCAGAACCAAGUAGUGACCUCCAUUCCUGUAGCCGUGCCCCAGGGAGAGUUGGGUAAAGAGCACUUAUCCUGAGAAGACCCCAUCAGGGACCAGGACAGCCCUGUCUUCUGGGAACUGUCAUUUUAUAACCUUUCUGCAAAGAGCCUGCUGGACACUUUGAGGCUUGCAUGGUUUCCUCUCAGAGACAAAGACCGGUUCUCCUGACCUUACACUCCACAAUUCCUGUGCCUUUAAAGCACCCAGGAAAUCCACAAGACCAAGUUUGUGGAAAGGAUUACAGGGUUACGAGAGGCUAUGAUUUUUGUUUGGUUUUGUUUUUUGUUUAUGCUUUGGUCUUGGAUUUCAAGAGAAAAUUGCAGUCAGCUCAUGCAUCUUUGAAAGAAUCUGGUCAAAGACUUUACCUCUUUUGAACUGGAAUUCCGUGUGCACUCGUCCCCCAGUAUAAGCUACUUUUUAGCUUCUUCGUGACUCUCACGAGAAAUAUGCAAGUCUCUAGUACUUUCCACUCCUAGUAUCUACACAAUGCCCAUUCAGAACUUUGAUUUCCAGAACUGAAGCCUUUGACUGGAGAACUGAAGGGGGCAGGGCAAAGCCUAAAUACAAGAGUCCCAGAAACAGGCAUGUGCAGUUGGGUAACUUAAGGGCAGGAGGACCAGACACCUGCCCUCGGGCUAAUAGAUGGGGUCUGUCAGCAGCUCAGCUCAACAGCCCUCUGUUCCUGCCCUACAGUGGCUGGCUCUAUGCCCUGUUUCUUGUCUUCUGUCUGUGCCCCCAGGAUGGCGGCUGAAGUCAGAAGUGCUGUUUCAUUCGCCCGCCCCCCCCUCAACCCCAGCAGCAGGGAAGGACAUCAGGCUUCUAACAACAGGUUCUUUCUCUCUGGCCCUCACCCAACAGUCUGGCCACUUGCCAUUCCUCUUUGAUGACCUUCCCCCUUUCUGAAAGGAUAUGGGUGGCAGAGGGGUAGUUGGUGGUCUUGGCUUCCAUUGCCUGACAACCGCAGGGUUUAUUUGAAGGCUGAGCUGAAAACUCAGUUGCUUGCAGUUCUGUUGACUAAGGAGCAGGGUACUCAGCAGAGGGGAGGCUUUGGGGAAGCAGGAGGAGCAGCAAGUAAAGAGGAGGCUAAGCGGAGCAUCUGACAGAGGGACUAGCAGCCCAGCCAGGCAGCCUUCUCAUCUAAAGGCAUAUCUAAAAGGAACAUGGCCAGAACACGCUUCUACUUUGCACAGAAAGUUGUUAUUUGGCCUCAUUCAUGUGCUGAGCAAGUGUGCAGUCUUAAAGGACAGGCGGCUCUGUUUAUGACUCCACCGUGCCAUUAGCCCUGGAAGGACAUACCUACCCUACCGCCCAGGCCUCCUGUCUCACCCCAAACACGCUCCCAGGUUUAUGUCCUGGUUUACCUUGGAGUCUCGGUUCUGAUUUCCAGAGCAGCAUUCUGGCAGACUGAGCAAAAUAAGAGUUUUGAAAACAAAGCUAUUCUGAAGUUUUCAAGCAGAAAAAUUCCCUAGCACUGGUUUCUCACUUCACCUGUGCAGCUGUUUAUGUGCCUGGGGUUUUUUUGCUUUGUUUUGUUUUUUUUCCUGGAGAUGUAAAUGGAAAAUGGUCUCUGAUUUCAACCUCACAAAGGUUAUGAGAGGGUUAGGAUGUAGCUCAGUUGGAAGAGUGCUUGCCUGGUGUGCACAGAGCCCUGGGUGCCAUUUCCAGCAUCAUAUAAAAACGUCAUGGUGAUACAAGUCUAAUCCCAGCACCCGGUAGGCGGAGGCAGAAGGAUCAGAAAUUCAAGACCAUCCUUGAGUUAGAACCCAGCCUGGGAUACUUGAGACCUCAUCUCAAUAAAAUAAGGAGAUGGAGGAGGUGUGAGAUCAGAAUAUAUUGUAUGGAAGAAAAGAUAAGAUUCAGAAAGAUGACCAAAGAUAUAGACUACUCUGCAUUAUACUAAACUAUUCUGUGCAAAAUUUGUAUAGAGAACUCAAUGAUGUUUUGUAAGUUUCUGAUUAAAAUGU